UUUAAAAUAUGCUGAUUUACUGAAAUUACUAUCAGGGAUGCAUGAUUAUUAUUAUUUCUAUAGUCAGAUGUUGUCAAUUUUGCCCGUGAAAUCUUUCUAUAAGUAUAUACGAAACUUCAUUUCAUUUAAAUUGAUUUUUACGUGAAUAAACAGCUGGCAUCCAUUAUUCCGAGUCUACGACAUUGAGGUCAAAGGUUGUUGAUACGAGCAACAAAUGACGCUCAAUAUUUUAUCAAUGGAAAUGUAGAAUUAUACGGGACUAUUGUGUUCACUUAUGCCAACAACAUGAACGAGGAGCCAAAGGUCUCAAAGCGGAUAACACGUAAAUUGGAGAGAUAUUUGAACAGAGAGAGGGUUGAGCAGAGAUUUGACACCUCUGGGCAAGGACUGACCAGUACACACCCACUGGUGGUGAAGUUAGAGUUGGCAUAUCUGAUAGCUAAUGAGGAUGAAAAGAGGAAGGAUGGAGAGAAGCAAGGAGCAGACUCCUCUCAAGAUGACGGCAGGAGAAAAGGAGAAAAUGCAUCUCAUCAUGGUACCAUGCCUAGGAUCAGGUCACUCCCUCAGAAGAAGACCAGAGUUCAAAUGUCAGAGAUAGAGAGACUAGCCAAGACUGCUCAAUCUGCUCUGAAAAGUAUUGAUGCAGAUAAGAUCAGUACAGUGUAUCGCUUCAGACAACAGAUGAUUCCUUAUGAAGUCAGACAUCAGGGUAAAGUGAAGCAGGUCUCAACGAGUGUCCAUGCUAUGUUGAAUGCUGAAGAAGCCUGGAGGUAUAGAAAAGAAAAUGAUGAAAGAGCAAAGGUAAAGAUAUAUAGAGAGCAACAAAAGGCUAAGGCCAAGGAUAAGGCUGCUCAAGAGGCCAAGCAGAGAGAAUUGUCCAAGCUACCUCCAGGAAUCAGAAUGGAAAUAAAGAGGCAACAGGAAAAACGCAACAACAAUCCAGUACUUGAGAAACUCUUGGAACCUGAUCGAUGCAAAGCCUCCUCACCUCAAUCCAGCGUUCCCAUGGCAACUGAAGAUAGCUUUGCUGAUGAGGAGGGAAGCCUGUAUGAAGAUGACUUUGAAGAGGAAGAAGAUGACGAUGCAGUUGAUAGUAGGGCAGGUAGCUUAUCUGGAAAGGAACCAGGGAUGAUUGAUGAAGACGGGAUUAUAAAGAGUGAGGACAGUGGUAGCGGGAGAACUGAAGAUGAGAAUGAAGAUGAAGCACUCAUAGCUGCUGUCACUAUCGCCAAUGACGCAGGGAGUGUUUCCUCAUUCACACCUUCCACGUUUACAUCAGUGACUUCUCGACCCCAGAGCACAAAAUCGGCACACCAGGAUCAAGAAGAGGCUAUGACGUACGAGGAUGACAGCUUCGAGAGUGAGGGGGACGAGGAUGAGGACCAGAGUGUGUUCAUGACAGACCUCAAUCCAGGGAGUGCAGGCGGGAGUAGGAGCAGCUCAAGGGCGCCAAGCAGGCAGCACCGUCAGGACGUCAUCGACAUGGUGACAGAAGAGAGAAGCGUAUCUGAAACAAGCUUGAAGCUUGAUCAUCCCAAGCAGGUCAAAGGUCAUACAGGUGAUAACCCCGGGUCGGGGGAGGUCAGGCUGUUGGCCAAUCAGCUGUCCCGUGCCGUUGUGAGGAAUGCGGCUGAAGAGGAAGGGGUGUCCUACUCCUCUAUGUCCUCUAUCCGGAGUGAUAGGUCGAAGGUCGCAUCAGAGGAUGUUGAACAGGCUCAGGGUAAAAAGAAAAAUAGGCACAAGACACAAGAGUACACGAGAACAGAGAGUGUCAUCUCUCUGAGCGACAGAGUGAAGAGGGAUUUAGAGAAGGAAAAAGAUGCCUAAGGAUCGCCUAUACAUGUAUUUAGGGAAUUUGUAUACAUUACCUCAUGACCAUUUGCGUAUUGCGUCACCAUGAAGUCAGGGCAACAUCACUAGAUGUCAAUUCUAGCAUAUCCACAAUCAUUUCACAGCUUUAUUUUUAUACAUAUCUGGUCAAGUUUAUUGAAUUAAAGCCCCUCUGCACUAGUUUGGCCAGGAGGGAUUAAACCUCCAUGCACGGUCACUGACAGAUGGUUAUCUCAUCAAAUCAGCUCUCAAUUAACAUAAGAAAAAGGGGAUCAUGGGGAUGGUCACAGAUUAGGCAUUGUUUGCUAUGUAAAGGGCGCAAGUAGCUAUAAGUAGUGCAAAGGGCCUUUAAGAUAAGUUGCAUGUUAUAAAUGUUUGCAUUAUCAUUAUCAUUGCCAUUGGAAGUGAUAAUAGGAAUUGUGACUUUGUUCAGGUAUUAUGGUGACACAUGCCAUAUUGAGUUUUGUUUGGACUGGCUGAAACAUACAUACAGUGCAGCUAACUUAAAUCUUUCACCAUUCGUAAUAAAAAUGGCCAAAAUAUCACAGGGUACAACCUAAAUUUUAUUUUGUAUAUAAUAGUUAGGUAUUUCAACAGCUGUAUUUGAGUACAUUAAUCUUUGUACAUUUGUACUAAAUCUUGUUUGUGUGGUUGUGUGUGCUUAGUCAAAGAUGUAGCUUGUAUAUAAUAGAUUGAAUGUCUGGGUUGAUCUUCUUA